UUCACACAGAACACAGUGGACAAGCUGAUCAAGAAGACCAACCUGGCUCUGGUGGUGGGAACCAACUCCUGGAGGGAGCAGUUCAUGGAGGCCAUUACUGUCAGUGCAGAUGAGGACGAGGAGGACACGGGUGAAGAACGGCUGCCGUCCUGUUUUGACUACGUCAUGCACUUCCUCACCGUCUUCUGGAAGGUUCUGUUCGCCUGCGUGCCUCCCACAGAUUACCUGAACGGCUGGGCCUGUUUCGUGGUGUCCAUCAUCAUCAUCGGCCUGCUGACGGCCGUCAUCGGAGACCUGGCCUCUCACUUUGGCUGCACCAUCGGCCUGAAAGACUCCGUCACUGCCGUGGUGUUCGUGGCACUGGGCACAUCGGUACCAGACACUUUUGCCAGUAAAGUAGCAGCUGUCCAGGACACAUACGCAGACGCGUCCAUUGGAAAUGUCACCGGCAGCAACGCCGUCAACGUCUUCCUGGGCAUCGGCAUGGCCUGGUCGGUGGCUGCCAUCUACUGGUCCAUGCAGGGAAAGUCGUUCGAGGUUCCGGCGGGCUCCUUGGCCUUCUCCGUCACCCUGUUCACCAUCUUCGCCUUCCUGGCUAUCGCCAUGCUCCUUUACCGGCGCCGGCCCCACAUCGGAGGAGAACUUGGUGGACCCCGGAAACACAGACUGCUCACGUCAGCCUUCUUUUUUGGCCUUUGGUUUCUUUACAUCCUGUUCUCCAGUCUGGAGGCCUACUGUCAUAUAGAGGGCUUCUAAAGUCAAAGAGUUAUGACCGUUAUGACACACAGAGGUUUAGUGCAAAUUCAGAGGUAAAAGAGUACAUUCUCUCUCUCACUGGCUGUGGAAUCGGGUCAGUCUUGGACAGUUUGGAAGGACAGAGGAGGUAAAACUGGGAUUUUUCCCAGACCCUCUCUCUUUCUCUUCCUCUCUCUCUCUCCCUCAACCCUCUCUGUAAGGAUACUCAGAGGUCGACAUCCUGCCCUCAAGUGCCCCCUGGCUUCUUUGAGAGAGUUUGCUUACAGUUGGGAUUGGGUUACCACCAAAUCCAGAAGAUGCUGAUACCAAGAGAUGGUCCUGCAUUCCACUGGAAGACACUUACACAGUCCCAUGCUGUAUGUGUAUCCGGGGAGAGCUGAGUUUAUCAGAAGUCUAUAUUUUUCUCAACAUCUGAAGAGAACGACUUUUUUUAAAGUAUUUUGGGGAUAAAAAAUUUGAAAAAAACAAAACAAAACAAACAACAACAACAACAAAAGUUGUGCACACACACACACAAAGAGAGGAAUCAGGGAACUAUUUUCUGAUCCACGUUAUAGGAAAAAAAGAAUAUAUGGUUAAAUGGAAAUAUGAGUGACAGCAGGAUGUGGUCAUAGUAUUUAUUUUUAUCUGCAUUGUUUCUAAGGGAGGUGGGUACUCAGAAAUCACACAGAUGAAGAAAAAUGAGAUGAUGAUGAAGAGGAGGAGGAGGAGGAGAAACAACAACAACAGUUCAUAGUUCACCAACCAAACCAUUACGAUGAUGAACAUGGUCAAACUGCCCGGAACAUUACUUCUGUACUCUCUACGUAUCUAUAUAUAUAAUAUAUUUCCAUAUUUUCUGUAUAUUUUGAAUAUUUCUUUAAAUGUGGUCACCUUCUGCUCUAACAACGGAGGAUUCCUGUGGAUCAGUAGCACAGGAGGGGUUGUGGGGGUCAAACUAUAUACUGGAACGAUGUCUUCACAUUUCUAAGAGUUAUGUAUCUUUUGCCUAGGUAAAAAAAGUAUGACGUUGUAUUUUAUUUAUUUAUUUACCGAUAUCUUGGUCUGAAUGGAAUUUUCACCUUUUAAAUCUGAAAUUUCUGGAGUUAAAAAAUAGGAAAAAAAAAACUAAGAAAAAAAAAGUGAUCGUGUUGCUGCAGAGAUAAUUACAGAGGUAUUUUUGUACUCUUCCAUCCAUGCACUUUGCUGUAUAGUUCUGUAGAUGGAGACUUCUACUUGUACAUGUGCAAAAGGCAAAUACUAUCAAGGUGUCGCAAAGGAGUCAACACAGUGCCUGUGCAGGAAGAUGUUUUUGCUGCAGCUUCUCACACUGAACCUGUUUAGAAACUGAAGAGGCGCUCUCCAAAAUGGAGAUUAAUGAUACUAUGGCCGGCUAAAAUGAUUUUAUUUACCCUCAUACAUACUAGCUCUUUUACUGCCCAGUUUUUAGAGUUUAACCUGAAAAAUAUUUGGAAAAUUUUUCCAUCUUAAAAAUGUUUUGGCAUUAUUUUCUAACACAACUCAGUUCUAAAUAUUAUAUUUAAAUAAAAAUGUUGUGUUCUUUGUAGCUUAGCUGCAACAUGGCUGUCAUUUGGCUAAAACAGGACAUUAUUUAAAUCAACUUGGACCCUCUGUCCUCUGUUCUUUAAAUUACCAUAAUUUCUGGAAAAAGUUAAACUAAACAACAUACAUUCUUUUUUAAUAAUUAAGUUUAGCCAUGUCCAUAUUCCAGAGUAAAAUCCAAAAGUUAAAAAAUAGCAAAUAAAAGCUCAAAACAAAGCAAAAAGACAAAAUCACUAAAUAAAAUUUAACUUUAAAACAACAAUAAGAAGUGAAGGCCAUAGUUAGCAGCUAGCUACCUUUAGCCUCUAUAAAGAAAAAUGAAGAUAGAUAGAAUUUGGUCACUCACAUAGUCGUGGCAACAACAACAGAGAUGACAGUAGUAGUGGAGUUUAGCUUUGCAGACUGGAAAACACGACCAAAACCAUUGUCAUUAGUGAACCUCCAUUUUGGACUGCGACUCUUCAGUGAUGCUUCAGUGUGUUGUCGGUGUGGGUGAGGGAGCAGCAGUUAGCACCUGGUUGAAUCCAACCGUAGUCUGAUGUUGCUGUUUUACACACAGAAACGACUGGUGCUUUCUUUUUCACACAAACGUUUUUUGAAAAAUCCUUACAUACUUAAAACUUCACUAAAACACUAAAACAGAGUUUUAUUACCGAAUUCUACACAAAGUGUAUGUUAGCAUACAAACGAGUCUGUUUAUAGCUAAGGUUAAAGUCACCCAAUCAGAACCAAAGAGGUGGAAAACCAAACGUAGAAAUACGGGACAGUAAAGUGGCGGUAACACUGUAUUUCCACAAGGGGGUGUUAUUCCUCAGUCCCUGCGGUUCUUGUACUUAUUGCACUCAUGUUCUUUGUGGUGAGCAGUGAUGUAAAUACUGAAUUAGGUCCUCUGUUUAGGCACAAGACCUCACCUGCUCACAUCACUGCACCUCUAUUUAACUAUAAAAGCUAUUUAAACACACACACACCAACACACACACGCGCACACACACCAACAGGCACUUGCACGAACAGUGACACGUCUGACUGACUGUCUCAUUCAGACAAAUCCAUAUUCUUUUAUUUAACUGUACAUACUGUACACCUAAUCUGAACCAGUGUGUCCACACGAGGCACUCUUAGCAUUAUUGGCUGUGUGGUUACCAACUUCCAUCCACUAAAAAAUCAAAUCCUGAUUUACAUUAACAGCUUAAGACGGUCACAGAAAAUGAUGUCAUAUCCAGUGAAAUCCAAGUGUGAUGCGUAACAGUUUCCCAAAGACACAAAGGCUAUGAAAUAGCUACAGAAACUGAGCCACGUUUUUUUUUUGUUUUUUUUUAGAUGGUCGACACCAUGAGCAGCCAUGUUGGGGUAUUCUUUGGAUUGGAAAUGUCAUCAUAUCAGUUCCAGCAGAGUAGGUUACAUGGCAUUUGGAACUUUACGCCACAUUAGUCAAGCUCUAUCUCAAAAUUGUGCUCAGCAAUCCUGUGGUUUCACAGCUGUUAGCUGUAUCAAGACAACUUAACUGAAGCUGGGGAUACACCGUCAGAUUUGUUCUCAGAUUUUACCCACAAUUCCCAGUUGGACAAAAUCUCCACCAGUCUACCUUAGUUGUGAACAGUUAGCAUUACUAAUUAGCACAACAAGUCAGUCAAACGGGUUAAAAACGUUUAUGGCUUUUUAUCUCUCACAUUCAGUUGGUGUGAUCUGGAAAUAUGUUGAUCAACAGCCAAUGGAAAAUGAGAGAGGGAGGGCACAGGAAACAGUGUCAGAAGACGACAGGAAGUAGGGUGAAGAUCGGUACCAACAAAGCAAACCUGGACCUGGAAUAUACACUAUACUAUAUAUUAUAAUCAGCCAAUGAGAGUCCGAUGGGUUCAGUCGACUGUAGUUGGUCUGACUAAUCCUGUAGUCUGGGAUUCCUCAAGAGAAACAGGUGUGGAGUGUGUGAUCCCCAGUCUUUGUCCUCGUACAAAAACCUGCAGAAAGCGAUCAGUGAGUGUGUACUUUAAGUCUCUUCCUAAUCUGUGAAAGUUGUGUACUUCGUCCCCAACUGUACACGAUCUACUGGUCACCAGGUUUUUGUAGUCCCUUCAUCUGAGCCAGCGAAAAUGUGGAAUUCUUGAAGCUUUAUUUAACUUAUUUAUUCCCUUCUGUUCUCAUUGUGUCAACCUCUCCGUAGCAAAAUACAGAAAUUAUUUUGGGUCUGACAACAUGUGUGUGCGUGCGUGUUCGUGUGUGUCUGUGUGUGUGCGCGUGCUGAAGUGCAUGUAAACCUGCUGAAGCUGCAGGCUGUGGGUCUUAGCACUGCUGUGCACAGGUGCUGUAGUAGUGAUGGUAAUGGUCUCCACAAGGGCACGACUCUGAAUCGGUGGUCUUAAAAAAAUAAUACAUGUCUUUACUUCUUCAAAGGAAAAAAAAAAUCUCUAUUUAAAACAUAUUUAUUGUAUACACCACUUCUUAAUGCACCGGUUUUUGUUUGUCUUUGUUGGUUUGUUUUCUCAGCCUACUGGAUGGAAGUGAAAUGUCACUGUGCAGUAGUUAGAACUCGUGGUUGCUGAUGUUGUGAGACAGUGAGGGAGGGGCUUCAGUGACCAGGUGGACACUGUUCUCUUCUUCUUUGGUCAUUGGAACGGGACACGGGCCACGUUAUAAUGAAUGGCUUUGUUUUUAUUUAUCUGGCCUGCAAUGGGAUGUUAACGUUUAAGGGAGGGAGGGGGCAGAGGGAGGGGGAGGGGCAUAUUUCCAAAGCUUACUGAUGUUUUUUGAAAUUGACCCGGGUUUUUUUUUUCUUCUUCUUCUUCUUCUUCUUUUACUGUGGAAUAAAAGCAACUUUCUGGUUCAUAAGCAAACACUG